GUGACUUAUUUAUUUCUUUAGUUGGUAAGCUAUUUCUACCCAGAGCUAGAGUGGACAGUAAGGUAUUGGACCGCUGUAAUGAGCAUUCCCGCUCUUGCGAUGGCUUGCAUCAGAAACCACGAGCAUUUACACACUUUGUCGUACCUGGCGAGCAGCAUCAAAGCCAUCAGCUUGGUUGUUCUCUUUGUUUACAUCUUCAAGGAUGACUUGCCGCAUAUCAGCGAACGGCCGGCAUUUUCUGUAGCUGCUCACUUGCUACUUUACUAUGGAACAGUGAUUUUCGCUUUUGAAGGCGUUACUCAAGUUCUGCCCCUACAUGACAAUAUGCGAACAACGAGACAUUUUCGGAAAUGGAACGGUGUCCUCAAUACGGGGAUGGUUCUUAUCGGUUGCCUUUACUUCACCCUUGGCUUCUAUGGCUACCUAAAGUACGGAGAAGCCACUUAUCCCAGCAUUACCAUGAAUUUGCCCAAAGAUGAAAUCGCAUGUCAAGUUGUCAAAAUUGGUUUGAUCGUUGCGCUCUUGAUUAAUUACGGUAACCAACUGCAUGCCGCCUACGAGAUUACUGAACCAACUAUCGACAGGCACUGCAAGAAAAAGGGAAUCAGGUUGUUUACAAAGAUUGGAAUCCGAGCUUUGAUUUUCAUCACUAGCGUGCUGGUGGCUUUGAUCACAGAAAACUUAGAAUUGCUGAUGUCACUAACUGGAGCUCUUACAUGCACUUUUCUGUGCCUUCUCUUCCCACCAACUUUGGAUAUCAUCACCUUCUGGAACUACAUGGGGUGGUUCAGAUUGGCCAAAAAUAUUUUCAUCAUUCUGUUGUCUUUUGCAGCCUUUGCCUCGGGAACAUUUGCAGCAGUUAUGGCAUUUGAAAAUUACUUUGUUCAAGAGGACUUUUUAUACGGUGACAGGGCCACAACAUGAGCCACCAAUUUUUAGGACCAUCAAGUUGUCAAAGCUUUCAUUGCUCAAUCAAACCUAAUCUAACAGAUGGGAAUGAAACCAUCCUUUUCUAUCUCAGAAAUCCUGAUUAGAGAAAAUUGGCAUAUACUAGAGAUUUUUUACGUAUAGCAUCUGUACUGUACGUAAUCUACCUCUUGAUCAACAGAUACAUUGCCCUAAAGUACCUUCUUUGGCUCACUAGUUUUCAGUAAGAUAGUAUUUAUACAUUAAUAAAGUGAAUAUUUGGCGAUUGUCUUACCUGACGACGAAUUCAGCUUCUAAUGUCCUUCGACAACUGUUUAACGCCCUCUGACUAGAACACUGUACUCCCAAAGUGACCCGAUUCAUAUAUUUGUAUUAUUUGACUGAAUCUGACCUUCAUCUGACUUUCGUAUUUCGUCUGCCUAGUAGCAGACGAAUUUCCAGAUUUAAAAAUCAAAAUAACACUUUUACGCCAUCUAACGAUAGAAUUUCGCUGAAUGACGAUGAAAUGUAUUUGAAACCCACAUUGUACACGGACAUUUCUAGCAUUAAAUUAUAUUAUAUUAAUUAAUAAAGCAUAUAGAACAUG